CAACCAGAGCAGAGACUCUGCUACUGUGGAAGGGAAAAGCCCUGUGUGUGUGCGUGUGUUUCAUAUCCACAGUGAGAAAAGCUCAUACACGGAGAAUCUUUCCUUCUUCCUCGCGCACCGCUGUCAGGACUCCCCUCUCUCUCUUUCUCGCACACACUCUCAGCCUCUCUCUACCAGGAUGCUGUGGAACAAACGGCGCGGCGGUUCCAGAGUAACAGCGGGCUGUUUGAUCUUCUUCUUCUUCUUCUCCGCCUUUCACGUCACCUUUGCUGCCGCCAGCUCAGGAACAGUCUCACAGAGCCAGGACGAUAAGCACGACGUCCACAACAAUCAACUGGACCUGCGGGAGAUAGUUUUCAUCAUCCAGAGCCAGAGGAACGUAUUCCACGUGAGGCAGGCGGAGAGACGGAGAACGGAUUUACUCAAGCAGGCACAUGGUCUCACAGAGAAACCACCAGUGGUUUUGCUGCUUCACAGUUUAUCAGAAAAUGAGGGAGAUUGGAGUAUCCUUCCUCUGCUGCCUGAUUUAUCCUAUAGCUUUGGAAGAAACUCCUCCUGGAUCGUGUUUCUUGAGGAGGAAACUAAUGUGAACAUGACUAAUCUCGUUCAAGUGCUCGUGAAAUUUGACAAGAAUAAAGAGUGGUUUCUGGGUAAACCCCUCCGUGACCAGGAGUCGACCAUCAUCCACCACUACGCCUUUGCAGAGAAUCCGUCCGUCUUCAAAUAUCCGGACUUUGCUGCCGCUUGGGCUUUGAGCAUCUCUCUGGUCAAUCGGCUCGCAAAGAAGGUGAAAGAUGAGCCUCUCAAAUCUGACUUCACCAUUGACCUGAAACACGAGGUUGCCUUGUAUAUCUGGGAUAACGGGAAAGGUCCGCCUCUCACCGCUGUUCCCGAGCUGUGCACGGAGCCGGCCGACUCUCCUCAGGCUCGGCACUGUGCCACCACUCUGAUCAGCGAGCCUCCGCUCUGUGGGGAGCCUGUACAUAAAGAAGAUAUAUUUGUCGCCGUGAAAACGUGUAAGAAGUUUCACAGUGAAAGAGUUCCAGUGAUAAAGGAAACGUGGGAGAAGGACGCGUUAUUCUUGGAGUACUACAGUGACCACGAUGAUCCUUCAAUACCAACCAUUAAUUUAGGAGUACCAAACACUGAGCGAGGCCACUGCGGGAAAACGUUUGCAAUCCUCCAGAGGUUUCUGAGCAGCAGUGUCCCAAACACCAAGUGGCUCCUCAUCGUAGACGACGACACACUGAUUAGCCUCCACAGACUGCGAGCGCUGCUGAGCUGUUACGACCCGUCUGAUCCGGUGUGUCUCGGGGAGAGGUACGGCUACGGCCUGAGCCAAGGCGGCUACAGCUACAUCACAGGAGGCGGAGGUAUGGUGUUCAGCAGGGAGGCCGUGGUCCAGCUCCUCAACAGCGGCUGCAAGUGCUACAGCAACGACGCUCCGGACGACAUGGUGCUGGGAAUGUGCCUCAACGCUCUCGGACUUCCUGUCACACACAGCCCGCUCUUCCAUCAGGCGCGGCCCGAGGAUUAUCCCAGAGACUUCUUAGCUCACCAGGUGCCAAUCUCUUUCCAUAAACACUGGAACAUCGACCCCGUUGCCGUUUUCAACAAAUGGCUUCGGGACGAGUCGAGGCCGAAACCUUCGGCCGGACUUAACAAGAGCACGAAGACGGAAUUAUAACAGUGUGGAGCACAUGGACAGUCUGUCUGAAUAUGUGUGUGUGAGUGUGUGAGAGAGAGAGAGUGUGUUAUGGAACUUAAACAUGUUUCUUUAUAGAUGUAAAUGUUUUGUAUUAUUAAAGGUGAUAUACGUAAGACUUUUAACUUAAUAUGUAUGUAUGUAGUUUGUGUUAUUUGUUAAUCCAGGUGCAAAUCAAGUAUUAAAAUUAUACGAUCUUAGAUGACAGAAAUUGGUGUAUCUACUGCCCUUUUGUAGUUUUUAGUUUUUUUAUCUGUUGCUCCGCCCACUUUCACCGACCCAGUAACGCAGCACGUAGCACUUCGACACACACUGGGACGCCGGCAGAGUGAGUAGAGAGCAGACAGUGGCUGAGUUUUGGAAAUACUGAACGAUAACUGGCGUUAAAAAGCCUCAGCACUCCUCUCAAAAAUGUCUCAACCAGAGAGCGAAAAACAAGGGUCUGCAGCGGAGAUGCAUUUGAAUAUAGAUGCUAAAUGUUCUGAGAAAGAUGAUGGCAGUCACGCUCUCUCCCUCUAUAUACGUGUUUCUUAACAUAUAUAAGGUUUUUUCAUCUCCUCUCCUGACAUGAUGAAUUAUCUGCUGCUGCUCUAAUGUCCAUUCCACACAAAUGUUAAUCGAUUUAACAAAAAAAACACAAUAAAUACUACUUACGUUAACACACCUAGAGCAGCACCAACAUUUUUUUUAAAAAGUAUACAUUUUUUCCAACAUCAGUCCUCAUCAUACAUAUCAAACAUGAAUUUAUUUGUAGAGUUUUUAACCCUUAAUCUGCCGUGUUUUUGUCAUGAUGCAUCAAAAACAGUGAUUUGAAUGGGUUUCACUGAGGACAGUUUUGUGCCUAAGUGUGUUAGUGUGAGUAUUUUACUUAUCGUUAAAAAUUAAGAAAACAAGCAUAAAUCUUUAACAUGAAAGGACAUAAAUUAAAAGCCAAAAACACAAAAAUGUGUCCAGGUGUGUUAAAGGGUUAAGUUCCCAAACUUCGAAUUUGAAAAUUUACAAUUUAUUCCCAUUAAUUCACAAGUUUGCAAUUCUGAAAAAUGGGAAAUUCCCGGAAUUAUGCCACCCAAGUAAGGACAGGUAAACAUCUUGUAGCAUCUUGUUUCCAUAUUUUCUGAAAAUCUGGCAACCACACCUCUGUAUUGAUUUCAGUUUUAAACGCUAAAAGCCGCUGUUGUACAUAUUUUACAUAUAUCACCUUUAACGUUGAAUUGUCACAGGGAGGAUCCAAGCAAACGUGUGUCAGUUUUUUAUGACUGAGGUGCAUGUUGAGGUUAGUGUUAUUUUGGAAAUCUGAUUAAAAUGUGUGUAUAUUUAUAUCUGGAGAAUAAUCUGAACCUUGUGGAGGAUAUUAUCCUCUUAUUCUUCUUCUUCUUCUCUCAGAUACUUUGUCUUUCAAGAAAGUAUCUUUAAUGAUGUACAAUGUUGCUCUAUUUUGACAUAAAAGUAUGAAUAUUUAA